GGCAAUGUGGUACACAGUUUGAAAAUGCAGGUCGUGUCAUGCUUUGAAAAAAAUCAUUUUAUACUUGAAUUUGGUGGAAAAUGUCGGACCCUAAACGUGCUACUCUUAUAACAGUGGGUGCUCCAAAAAGUGCAAAGAAUAAUGUGAACAAAUCAAUGAGAUUAUUUAUAAAUUUAGACGAAAGCAACGAAAGUAAAUAUCCAGAGCUGAAUUACAAGGAGCUACUCUUAGCAGCAGUGAAUAGAGAGAGACAACUAGAUAAUCGUCUUUCUUUAUUCAGUAACUUGCCACUUAACAAGACAACAGGGCUGGACCCGCAUUCAGAUAAUGAUGAUGAUGUCGAGAGAGUUGCAAGGAAAUUUGAACAGAAAUAUGGAGGGAAAAGCACCUAUGGGAGGAAGGGUCGAUCUAAAUAUGAUGAAUACGCAGAUAUUGGCGCUGGUUAUGAUGAAAAUGAUUCUUUUAUUGAUAACACUGAUGGUUACGACGAGAUGAUCCCGCCGGGGAGCGACACCUUGUACGGCGGUUUCUACAUCAACUGUGGCUCGCUAGAAUUCAAGGCUGUGCCAGAAAACCAAUCAGGUGCUACGGAAAGAGAUUCCAACAGACGAAAUAAGAGGGCACAUAUAUCCUCAAGCAGUAGUGAAGCGGAUUCAGAGAGUUUGUCAGAUUCAGACAGUCAGGAACCAAAGGAUCCGAAGGCCAUCGCUAACGGAGCUGUAGACUCACAUGAGACUGAACAUCGAAAGAAGAAAAACAAAAAGAUUGAUAAGAAGAAAGCCAAAAAGAAACGCAGAACUGAUUCUUCAGCAGCUACUUCCUGUAAACAUACUUCAGAUGAUAAUGCUCAAGGUGAUGCGGAGAGUGCUGACUCGCGGACCUCCCAGUCAGACUCCUUGACUUCCAAGCCAGCGCCGAGCUCUGAGAAUGCUAUCACAUCCGACAGUUCAAGAGACGCAGAAGCAAAUAUGAAACUGCCAGAAGCUGUGACUAAGCUCCUAGAAGAGUUGGAAGCAUUUAGUCAGCAAUCAAGAGACAAACCCAAGGACGACAACAAGACUGAUCAGUUUAUUAAUAUGCUGGAGCGCGCGCUGCGGGCGAGCGGCGCGUCGGGCGGCGCGGCGGCGCACGCGCGGGCCCGCGCCGCGCGCGCCCUGCGCCUGCCCCGCGCCGCGCUGCAGCCCGCGGCCGUACCAACAACAACUACCUCCGAAAUUGCUCAAUCCAAUACUGCCAAUACAACCACUACUAUCACGACUACUACUACAACCACAAGCUCUACAACUAAUAAUACAACUACAACGACUACUACUAAUGUUACUACUACAACUAGUAUAACGAACAAUAAGCGGAAAGCGGAAGAAUUGUUGGAUAACAUAGAUAUAAAUAAAUUAACACCAGAAGAGAGAGAAGCAAAGAUUGUGGAGACUUUACAAAGACUAAAGGUGCUGAUAGAGGAGCGCAAGCCGGGCAUGAUGGCGUCGUACAACGCGGAGUGCACGCGCGUGCAGGAGGAGAAGAAGAAGCAGGCGGCGCCCAGCGCGGACCGGCGGCUGCCCAAGCGGCGCUUCCCGUGGUGCGCGCGCGCGCGGGCGCUGCUGGCGCGCGCCGCGGCGCUGGCGGGCGCGCCCGACGCCGGCGCCGCGCUGCUGUGCGCGCGCGCGCUGCCGCUCUUCCCCGCCGGCUUCGUGCGCGUGCCCACGCUGCUGCGCCAGGCCAACUUGAGCAAGGAUGUGAAGGCGUCGGAUCUGAAGCGGCAGAGGGUCGUGCCGCCCGCCCAGUCCGUCAUAACGAGCGCUCAGUUCACGGAACCGAUUCAGUUUCCCAGCUCCCUGACGGUUACGACGUCGGUGAAAUUCAAUGAAAAACCUGAGGAGGAGAAGGAUUCCAAGUACAAAGUGAACCCUGCGGCCGUCUUUGGAUCGAUAAUGAAUUCCUACACGCUCAAUAAGGACCUGGUGAUAGAAAUGCCUGAAGAUCGAAAGAAGGAAUUGGAUAGAAGUAAAGAAGACCCAUACAUUCCAAAUAACAUUGGCAGUAUAACGAUAACUCCUGUUGUGAGCAAUCAAAAAGACAAAAAAGUCAACAGUACUGUGAAUGAUAAAGCAAAGGAAUCCCUCAUACGAGUUAAGUCACCGGCAGUUCUCAAUGAAAUGAUACAUAAAAAAGAUAAGGAGAAACAUAAAAAGCCAGAGAAACCAGCUCCACCUGCCCGUGAGAAGAGUGUUCAAUCUCCCCUCCACAUAGAUACAAACUAUCAAACCAAAAAGAGUUCACCCAGCCCAAAAACUAAAGAUGAAAUAACUCAGAAGCAAAUUGAAAGUAUGAGGAUAGCAGAAAAUAAUAUACCGAGACCUGGGUUAGUUUCAGUCAACCAUUCACCGACAUUCGCUAAGCCAGACAAGAGGCCACCUGAAGUAAAAAAGAAGAAGGACAUUGUAAUUAUUUCCGAUAUGGAUCCUUUAGCCGAUGUUCCCCAAGAGCCGCUGGCUGUCGAUGACAGUAGCAGUGAUGUUGAAGUGAUUGAAGAUAAAUCGGACAAGAUUGAACUAAAAGCUAGUGAGAAUAAGAGUGUUACAGUGCCUUUGAAGGACAAAGUGAGUGAAAAUCAUCGGAAAGUGAAUAGUUUGAAACAGAAAAGUGAAAAAAGUGUUAAUUCUUUUAGGGAGUGUAGGAAGGAGCAAUUAGAUGAAGCGACUAAGGAAGAUUUUGAUGCAGUUAUGAGGAAUCUCAGAGAGAUGGAGCAUUCACAAGAACCAACGAAGUUGAACUGCAAUUCAUAUGGAGGUGUUAUAACUAGUGCUAAGCGCGAGAUGUCUUCCAAACAAAAGUUGAGCCGGCCCGCCUUAUUCGGCGACACGCGUAGCGAUAGAGACAAGUUCGCAGAAUGAACUUCUUUGAACAAAACGGAUGGAUGCAGCCAAAGGCUGACGUUUAAACAUAGCUGCGAGGUGAGGAGAUCAUGAAAUGAUAUAAUUGUUAACAAUGAUAGUAUAUUUAUAAAAGAAAUGGCCGCUUAUCACUACAAGAUCUAUAAAGAAAAGAAUUAUAUUAACAAGUGGUUUGCCGAGCUCUUGUUAGCAAAAGUAUUAUAUAUUAAUAAGAUGAUAGAAUCACCGAUCCGUAAUGUCAAGUUAAGAGAAUUCGCAGGCCUGGUGCUAAUGGGGUCAAAGUACAUUUUUGAAUAAAACUUAAACCACAUUUUACCAUUUGUUAAAUCAUUUAAACUAUAAUAAAUUUAUUUGUACUAAAAACUGCAUAACCAUAACAUUACUAAUAUCAACAAAAUGACGUUAAAGGGCUUUGUUAUAUCUCAGUCCUAAAUUUGCUAGCUUAUUCAUUGACAAAAAUGUACCACAG